GAGGACAGUGUGUGUGUGUGUGUGUGUGUGUGUGUGCGUGUGUGUGUGUGCCUCUUGGAGACAUCGACGAGUCAUUGUGGACCGCUAGAGGACAACCCUUAAGAUCUUCUGCCAGAAACAAGACUUAAGUGCUGCACUUACAUUGAUCCAGACUUUUUCAGUCUCUGUCAUAUUAUCUCUCCUGUGCACAAGGAGGAUGAAAGUUUGUGCUUGAAAGCCUCAUGGCUCAAAGUCCCUCACAGUCACGUCCUGUGAUUGUCUCUGGCGUGUGGGUGGAAGGAGGUAGGAGUGUUCGACUCGGCCUUAGCAUCAGUGAAAAAGAGAGAAGGAGGCGCCUGGUUGUCUAGUCAUCUGAGGCUGGCCGAAGCCAUCGGUGUGGACCAUGGGUGCUGCACCUCUGGAGGAGUACUGUGGGUCUGUCUUCUGGAAUGCCUCGUAUCUGGACAGAGAAGACCCAGACCUCCCAGUCUGUGUUGAGCAGACGGUGCUGGUCUGGAUCCCCCUGGGGUUCCUGUGGCUCUGUGCCCCCUGGAACCUGGUGUCGCUCUGCAGGAGGACACAAGUGAACACGAAACACCUGUCCAAGCUCUACAUCUGCAAACAGGUUGUGGUGUCUCUGUUGCUCCUGACGGCCAUAGCAGGCCUGGCCGUCACAUUAGGAGAGGAUUAUGGUCCGAGCGCAGACGCACCGUCUACGCUGAAAAAUGCUGGGGUAUACUAUGCAAACCCUGUCCUGUACAUCGUCACAUGGAUCCUUCUGCUGUUGUGUCAGGCGGGAGUGAGGCGGAGGGAGGGGGCCGUAGACUCCGGAUCUCUCUUUGUAUUCUGGCUGCUCCUCGUUGUGUGCGACAUCUUCCCUUUCCAGACCCUCUUACGAGAGGCACUCAAGCUGGGAGAGAUCAGAGACAUCCCUCGUUUUUGCCUUUUCUACAUUUCCUUCGGGCUGGAGUUGAUUGCCCUGAUUCUCUCUGCCGUGGCUGAUGUCCCACCGGAAGCCAAGGAGCGUGUUAAAAAGAAUCCCGAGGCAGGUGCAGCAUUUUUGAGCAGAAUUACGUUCAACUGGUUUCAAAGCAUGGUGAUAAAGGGAUACAAGCAGCCGCUGGUGCAGGAGGACAUGUGGGACCUGAAUGAGGCGGACAGCACUGCUCACAUCAACGAGCGCUUCCAGCAUUUCAUGCAAGCCGAGUUUGCCGCCGCCCAGGUCCGCUACCAGUGCAAGUUAAAGAAGAAACAGGACGAGAGAAGAGACAAAGCCCAGGAGGACUUAAAGAAUGGCCUUUCCAACGGUCUCGGGAAAGGUGUGAGCCAGGACAUGCUGAUGAUGGAGGAAAAGGGGAAAAAAGAAGAUGAAAAGAAGAAGAAGAAAAAGGACAAAGAGAAGGAGGAGGAAGAAGACUAUCCCAAUGCGUGGCUUAUUACCACCAUUUACAGGACCUUCAAGGGGGUUCUGCUCGAAUCUGCCGUCUUCAAACUUCUGCAGGACCUGCUGGCAUUUGUCAGUCCUCAACUCCUCAAAUUGAUGAUCUCCUUCACUCAGGACAAAUCCAGUUAUGCCUGGGAGGGUUACCUGUAUGCAGUGCUGCUGCUGGUGGUGGCCGUCCUGCAGUCUCUGUUACUGCAGCAGUACUUCCAGCGCUGCUUUGUACUGGGGAUGAAGGUUCGCACUGCUCUAAUGGCUGCUGUGUACAAAAAGGCAUUGGUGGUAUCUAAUGAGGCCCGUAAAGAGUCAACCGUUGGCGAAACGGUGAACUUGAUGUCGGCAGACGCCCAGCGCUUCAACGAUGUGACCAACUUCAUCCACCUGCUGUGGUCCUGCCCGCUGCAGAUCAUCGUUUCUAUUGUUUUCCUGUGGUUCGAGUUGGGACCGUCCGUGCUGGCAGGACUGGCAGUCAUGGUGCUAAUGGUGCCGAUCAAUGGACUGCUGGCUACCAAGGCCAGGAAAAUCCAGAUAGAGAACAUGAAGUUCAAGGACAAAAGACUGAAAAUAAUGAAUGAAAUACUAAAUGGUAUCAAGAUCUUGAAGCUGUACGGGUGGGAGCCCUCCUUCCAGGCGCAGGUGGAGGGCAUCAGAGGAAAAGAAUUAAAAGUCAUGAGGAAGUUUGCCUACCUGUCGUCCGUCUCCACCUUCAUCUUCAGCUGUGCCCCGGCUUUGGUUUCUCUGGCCACUUUUGCGGUGUUUGUUGGAGUGAGCUCAGACAACGUGUUGACCGCUGAGAAAGCUUUCACUUCCAUCUCUCUUUUCAACAUCCUCCGAUUUCCCCUGGCAAUGCUGCCGAUGCUAAUUGCUGCCAUUGUGCAGACGUCCGUGUCGAGGAAGCGCUUGGAGAAGUUUCUGGGAGGCGAUGACAUUGACAGUGACAUUGUGCGGCAUGACCCCAGUUUCAACUCUGCUGUUAGCGUGUGUGACGGUUCCUUUGCUUGGGAAAGAGAUGCUGAGCCUCUGCUGAAAAAUCUGUCUUUGGAUAUUAAACCAGGCCGGUUGGUGGCAGUCGUGGGAGCUGUGGGCUCAGGAAAGUCCUCCCUCAUGUCAGCGCUCCUGGGAGAGAUGCACUGCACCAAAGGCUUUAUCAACAUCCAGGGUUCCCUCGCUUUUGUGCCGCAGCAAGCCUGGAUCCAAAAUGCCACUCUGCGGGAUAAUAUCCUCUUUGGCUCUCCGCAUGAAGAAGACAGGUUCCAGGAUGUGAUAAAGGCCUGCGCUUUGGCCCCUGACCUGGAGCUGCUGCCUGGGGGUGACCUCACUGAGAUUGGCGAGAAAGGCAUCAAUCUCUCAGGGGGUCAGAAGCAGCGUGUGAGCUUGGCUCGGGCAGCAUACAGUCAGGCUGAUAUCUAUCUAUUAGAUGACCCCUUGUCUGCGGUGGAUUCUCAUGUGGGAAAGCAUCUCUUUGAUAAAGUGAUUGGACCUAAUGGAGUACUGAAAGAAAAGACUCGUAUCCUGGUGACUCACGGCGUGAGCUUCCUGCCAUACGUAGAUGAAAUAGUGGUCUUGGUGGAUGGAGUGGUUUCUGAAGUAGGAUCUUACAAAAGCCUCCGUGCAAGAAAAGGAGCCUUUUCUGAGUUUAUUGACACUUAUGCUGGAGAACAAAAUAAUCAGAUGCAUUCAGAGUCAGAUCGUGACCAGGACGUUGCAGACGUAGAGCUCAUCCCAGAGCGAGAGGACACUCAACCUGACUCGCCUUUGGAGGACACAGUUACUGUUACCCUGAAGAGAGAAAGCAGUAUCCGUCGUAGCCAGCGUAACGGCAGUGUCAGACUAAGAAAAAAUAGUUCCAUAAAAAAAGUACAAGAUGUUGGUGAAUCAAAGAAAGGCCAGAGGCUCAUAGAGAAGGAAACUAUGGAAACAGGACAGGUGAAGUUCUCAUUGUACCUCCAGUACCUGCGAGCCAUGGGCUGGGGAUAUAGUGUCAUGGUCUUCGUGGUGUACUUCAUCCAGAACAUUGCUUUCAUCGGCCAGAACCUGUGGCUGAGUGACUGGACCAAUGAUGCAGCGGUGUACUACAACAAGACAUACCCUAACUGGAAAAGGGACACCAGGGUGGGAGUGUUUGGAGCUCUGGGAGUGGCUCAGGGCCUCUUUGUGUUCCUCGGCACUCUGCUCCUGGCCAAUGCUUCGGUCAAUGCAUCUGGUAUCCUGCAUUCAAGGCUGCUUAACAACAUUUUGCGUGUUCCCAUGAUGUUCUUUGACACAACACCCACCGGUAGGGUGGUCAACCGCUUUGCAAAGGACAUUUUCACAGUGGAUGAAGCCAUCCCACAGUCCUUCCGCUCCUGGAUCCUGUGUCUGCUGGGUGUUCUGGGGACACUGUUUGUCAUCUGUUUGGCUACUCCUUUCUUCACCAUCCUCAUCGUUCCUCUUUCUGUAGUAUACUACUUUGUGCAGCGCUUCUAUGUGGCGACAUCAAGACAGCUGCGUCGACUAGACUCAGUGUCACGCUCUCCUAUAUACUCACACUUCAGUGAGACGGUGUCAGGUCUGUCGGUGAUAAGAGCCUACGGCCAUCAAGAAAGGUUUUUGAAGCACAACGAAAUGACUAUCGAUGGAAACCUGAAGAGCGUCUACCCAUGGAUCGUGUCAAACAGAUGGCUCGCCAUCCGUCUGGAGUUUCUUGGGAACCUGGUGGUGUUUUUCUCUGCUCUGUUUGCCGUCAUUUCAAGAGACUCUUUGGACAGCGGCCUGGUUGGCCUGUCCAUAUCCUACGCUCUUAAUGUCACACAGACCCUCAACUGGCUGGUGAGGAUGACGUCUGAGCUGGAGACCAAUAUCGUCGCCGUGGAGAGAGUGAGUGAAUACAGCGAGCUUGAGAACGAGGCCAAGUGGGUCACUGAUACCCGGCCUACGGAGGAUUGGCCCACCGAAGGAAAGCUGCGGUUUGAAAACUACAAGGUCCGUUACAGACCUGGAUUAGACCUGGUGCUGCAUGGAAUCACCUGUGACAUCAGCAGCACUGAGAAGAUUGGCAUCGUGGGCCGCACGGGAGCAGGGAAAUCGAGCCUGACCAACUGCCUGUUUAGAAUCAUUGAAGCGGCUGAAGGUCGCAUCCUCAUUGACGGUGUGGAUAUUUCCCUAAUAGGCCUGCAUGAUCUGCGAAACAGGCUCACAAUCAUACCACAGGAUCCGGUGUUGUUCUCCGGGACCUUGAGGAUGAAUCUGGAUCCGUUCGACAGAUUCAGUGAUGAGGACAUCUGGAGAGUGUUGGAGCUCUCCCAUCUGAAGGAGUAUGUAGCAGGGCUCCAGGAGGGAUUACAGCAUGAGGUCGCAGAGGGAGGAGAGAACCUCAGUGUUGGACAGAGGCAGCUGCUGUGUUUGGCCCGUGCACUGCUGAGAAAGUCACGCAUCUUAAUCCUGGAUGAGGCCACAGCAGCUGUUGACCUGGAGACAGAUGACCUGAUUCAGACCACCAUCCGCAAAGAGUUUUCACACUGCACUGUCCUCACCAUUGCCCACCGCCUGCACAGCAUCAUGGAUAGCUCCAGGGUAAUGGUGCUUGAUGCUGGCAAAAUUGUGGAAUUCGAUUCUCCAGACAACCUGCUUGAAAAACGAGGUCAUUUCUACGCCAUGGCAAAGGAUGCCGGGAUAACGAAUGACGAGAACACCGCUCUCUAACUUUUAUGUUUGAUUUAGCUCCACAAAUUGCAUUUGUUGUUUUGAUUAAAAAGCUGGACCGUGCUUUGACAUAAAGAAAUAUUGCAACAUUUGUAUUUAUAGGAAGAUAUAUAAAGAAAUCAUAUUCUGUAUGUAAAUAAUUUUUAUAUGUGAACAAUAAAUAUUAUUUCUCAAAGGCUG